AUGCCUAAUCCGAUACCUCGAAAGUCGAUACCUGCUACUUCAGCCGAUCCCAACGGACCUUCUCCUAUCAAAGUCACGUCCAAGAAGCGUAGCAAGAGUUUAGGCGGCGCGCUCAUCUCGCGACGCUCAGAUCACAAUCUUACUGAGCCGAUUGAAUUGACACCAAGAAAGAAAGCUCGUCGAAGCUUAGUGCCCGGAAAAUCUAUUCUAAAAUCUCGUCCUACGAUCACUGGCCUUGAACGAUCAAAUAGUGACAAUUUCAUGAAUUCAGCGCAACCUCUUCCCUCACACCUUCAUCAUUCAAAUUCGAUGCCAUCUGUGUCAGCUACAGUUCGAUCAUCUUACCCAAAACCCCUAUCACAAGAUCAAGUUAGCGGUCUUACACGACAAGAUAUGCAGCCUUUCGAAGAACUUCCAAACAUACAAACCAAAACCUCUACCAAUGAUGAUGACGAGUCCAACUUCAGCUCUGACAUAGAACUUCCCAAUCAACUUCUCUCACGUCGCGCCAGUGUGGCUUCUAACACCACAAGCUCCAACUUCCGCCGCGUCAGUUUUGCUGCCAAAGCUUACGUCAGAACCUUUGGAAGUCCAAUGGCCGGUCUCCCAUCCUCGUCACCUCUGCCAUCUCCUUCUAAGAAUUCUGACCAGGCUUUAGGUUCAUCGGUCGAAGAUGGAGGCGAGAACAGCGCAGAUAUGAGCAUCGACGAUCCAUCAGGUCCUCCUCCGAUCCCACAACCAUCCAAUUUAGCCUUAUCUGCUCAGAUAUCCUCAAACACAGCUUCUGAUCCUGUAGCUUCUGCUGGUCCUAGUCAUCAAAUGUUACCCACAUCAAAUAAACCCAGUCGUCUCUCUAUAUUUGCCAACUUUGAUCAACCUGAUGUUGAUGAUGAAGACGAAGAAAUGGAAGAUGCCGAUAGCUUGAUCGAUCCACCAGUUGAACUAAGCAGUACAUCAGUUCCUUCAACACAGUCACUUAAAGAAUCGAAUGUAGCACUCCCCAAUCAAGAGCCAGUCUCAUCAGUUAAUAAUAUCUUCUCACAAACCUCCUCUCAAUCAUCUCACUUGCGAAUGCUCGAUCAAGUGCCCAGAUCACCUACCAUUAAUUCCUCUGCAUCGAAGCCCUCCCAGUCUUCUCAAACGGACAAUUCCAAACAAGUACCAAUCCUACCAGUGAGCAAUCCGCAUCCAUCCAGACCCGCCCCACCAACUUCCGAUCAAGCGCUCACCUUCUCGACUGGUACAUCUCUACCUAAACCUUUUGGCUCUCAGUCAGCUCCGCUACCCCGCGAGGAUACUAGUCAGGACAUGGAUAUCACGAGUCCUACUCGUCCUGUACCAUCGAGUAGCACAAUCGACAUGAGACCUAGCCAAAUUCCUCGCCCUAAUUUUGCAGCCGGCCGUGAACCUGCUCGCAGACAGCCUUCGGCCACUGAAUUGCUCAAACGGCUCAAAUCUAGCCGACUCUCGAUGGCUUUUCCCGAAUACUUGCGCGAGGAUCUAGACCACACUGAAGAUGUCACGUCUACCCCUGCUGCUCCUCUUCGUUCAGAAGUAACUAGCUCAUUCAGAAAAUCGCUGGCACCUCCCGUUGCAUCCUCUUCAACACAGGUGCCCCUGCUUUCGGACCGAACAACUCGUGUGACUGCUGUCUCAGCUGAAGGAGAUGGUCAACAAAAGUCUAGCAGGCUCACUCUGGCCUUCCCAGAAUAUGCCGAUGAUGAUGAGAGUAUGGAUGUUGAACCAUCAAAACAAUCUACUACUGUCGAUGCCUUGUCUUCAAAGCCCAGCCGUCUGACGAUGUCAUUCCCGGAGUAUGAAGAUCUUGAGGAAGAAGGCGUCGAUGCUAGACCCUCUGGUAUCCAAACCGACUCGCAAAAUCAAUCCACAGAUGCCAAGAAGAAAUCAAGUCGACUCACAUUUGCCUUACCUGGAUUUGAUGACGAGGAUGGAGAUGCAACAGCGAACGUUGAUGAUUCCCCUCCAUCCCCUAAUUUACCCGUUGAUCUUGAACCUACAAAGACGGCUGCCGACAACAAACAAACAGCCAGUCGACUAUCUGACUUCUUUUCGACUAAUGAUAUCCCAAUGGAUGAGGAUGACACACCGAACCUCAUCGAUCUCGGCGAUCUUUCAGACGAACAGCCUCCACCCAGUCUUCCUGCUAUGGCGCAAAAUAUAGCAAGUGAUGUCCCAGGAUCGGGUGACGUGAAUACUAACUUGUUUACAUCUCCCAAUGUACCUAAUUCCACUGUAUCUGCUGUCACUGAAAACCUCGGUGGCGGAUCUGAAGUCACACAGGAGCGUAUACAACAGGUGUCUGCUUUACCACUUCCUAUCUUACCACUUGCUCCCCUGUUGCUUGGAAGGAGGAUUUCAGCCUCCCCUUCCAAACGAGCUGGGCGGGUCUCUUCUCCACGCCCACGACGUUCGAUGGAUCCAACUCUGAUUGAAAGCGUUCCUGUUUUUAAUAAGACGCGAUUAUCUAUAAUGAGCACGCCUCCGCCUGAUCCCCCACAAAUCGAAGCAGAACAACCAGUGACCAACAUAUCACAACAAGCCAGGCCGGAUACGAGUUCUGUAGUACCUCCAUCUCUUCCUUCGAUCAGCCUAGAGGAGUUUUUUGAACAAGCUGAACUUCGGUUCAUCAAUUUAGCCCAACCGCGUGUACGACAAGAUCAACCCAUUCAACCUAAUACUGAAGGUGAGACGGCAAGCUUCAGUGGUCAGAUUUAUGCUGGAAUGGUGAAGAUACCAAAACUUCGUGCCCUUGAAAUUGCUGCUCGUACCCUUCGAUCAAAGACUGAGUCACUUGAUUCAAUGACAGCUGAACAUUCUAAAGAAUUAGAAACCAAUUCUAGAAGGUCUGAGGUAUUGAUGCGUUGGUUUGAGUUGAGAAAUAAUGGAAAUCAAACCGAUGGACGAUUGUCAAGUUUGUUGGAUCAAUUAAGGAUUGAGAAGACGUGUGCUGAGUUGAGGGCUAAAAAAGGAGCAAUCGAAUUUGAUUUGAAGAAUAGGGAAGAGUACCGGAAUGAAUUAGCCAGUAGAAGAAGUAAACUUGAUCGAGAUGUAGAGAUGGUUAGGAGAGUAGGGGAAGUGAUUGCACCCUCUAUGGAUGAAUUAAGGACGAAGAAACAAAAUCUUGUUGAAGAGAUUCAAAAACGUCGAGCUAAGAUUGAAGAGAUUGAGAAAUGUGAUAAAGGUUUAUUAAGAGUUUUGAAAGAGGAAACCAAAGAUCUAGGAAUGGCGGUGGAGGUUAUGAGAGGCACGUUAGCCGAAUCAGAAUUUGAAAAGACUUUGUGGAAAGAGAAAGUCGAGGAGAUGGCAAGUGAGAAGAAAGAACUCUUGGCACAGAUUGGACAAUGGAAAAAGAAGGGUAAUGGGAAAGGAUUGGAAUGUACAACACAAGAAUUAGUUAGACUAAAAACUUCACAUUUGAUCUAA